AUGCAAGAAGUCAUUCACAUUGAUGAGAAAUGGUUUUACUUGAACCCAGAAACCAGAAAGUUCUAUCUGCUUCCAAAAGAGGAAGAUCCCUACAGGUGUCAACAGUUAAAGAGGUUUAAGGUGAAGGCCAUGUUCAUAGCAAUGAUAGGGAAACCAUUGUAUGCAAGAGAUGGGACUCUAUUACAUGAUGGAAAGUAUGGUAUAUUUCCACUUGUCAAGAAACAGUUGGCAAAGAAAAAGAGCAAAAACAGAGAAGCUGGAACAUUGGAGACUAAGCCACAGAAUGUACCUAAAAAUGUCAAAAUUCAAUGGGAUAAUGCAAGGCCUCAUCAAAUUCCUAAAGAUGAGGAAUUUAUUGCUGAUUGUCAUGCAAAUGGUUUCAAUAUUGAAAUGGUGUACCGACCAGCACUGUCUCCUGACUUGAAUGUGUUAGACCUAGGGUUGUUCAAAGUCAUUCAAUCCCUCCAAUACCAAGCCUUCCCAACAACUUUGGAUGACUUAAUCAAAGAGGUCAUCAAUGCAUACAAUGUAUUUGAGGCUAAGGCCAACAAGUAUAUAUGGCUAACACUACAGUCAGUGAUGAUAAAGGAAUGUAAAAAAGGGACGGAGGGAGUACUAGAAAAGCAAGGAGGCAAUAACUUCUCUCCACCUCAUAUGAAGAAGAAGAAGUUGUACAGAUUAGGGGUGCUUCCCAAACACCUACAUGUUCCAAGGGAGCUGAUUCAUCAAGUUGUGACUUAUCUAGACACCAUGUUUAUCCCAACAACACAUGCAGCAGAUCAGAGGAAGAAGCACACAUGGAAGUAG